AUGCAGUCAAUAGGUGUGACAUUUGUGGCCAUUAGUUUCCUUCUCGUCCUGCUGAAGCUCUCGAGUCGAGUGGAACUGGGAUGGUUGCACAAGAUCCUUUCCAUUCUCCUCGGCAUCGCUGCAGGUAUCCUCAUUUUUGCUGCUACUACCGAUCUGAUCUACCACACAAGUUUCCACUACGUUCUCACAUAUACAGGAACGAUACUGGCAGGUGUCACUGUUGUGAGCACAGAAGUUAGCCUUUUUAAGAUGCUAUAA